AUGCAUACUGCUGAAUUCCUCGAAGUUGAUACUACAGACAUUUCUUCCGUCCUUGCUGGAGGUUAUAACCAUCCCUUGUUGAGAGAAUGGCAAAGUGAACGUCAAUUGACUAAGAAUAUGCUUAUCUUCCCACUAUUCAUCUCUGAUAUCCCUGACGAUAAUAGCAAGAUCGACUCUCUACCAAACAUCAAGCGUGUGGGUAUCAACAAGCUCCGGGAAUACUUGGCACCUUUGGUCGAGAAGGGUUUAAGGUCUGUCAUUCUAUUUGGUGUUCCAUUGAAAGAAGGAGCUAAGGAUCCAGUGGGUACUUCUGCUGAUGAUCCUGAAGGACCUGUGAUUCAGGGUAUCAAAUUAAUCAGACGCGAAUUUCCAGACUUAUACAUUAUGUGCGAUGUGUGUCUAUGUGAAUACACUUCUCAUGGACACUGUGGAGUUCUUUACGAUGAUGGGACCAUCAACAGAGAAACAAGUGUUUCGAGAAUAGCUGCUGUUGCAGUCAACUACGCAAAAGCCGGUGCUCAUUGUGUUGCUCCAAGUGAUAUGAUUGACGGUAGAAUUAAGGAUAUCAAGAGAGGUCUAAUCAAAGCAGGUCUCUCGCACAAGACUUUUGUCAUGUCGUAUGCAGCCAAAUUCAGCGGGAACCUAUACGGGCCCUUCCGUGAUGCAGCAUGUUCAGCACCAUCUCAUGGUGACAGAAAAUGCUACCAACUACCUCCAGGAGGCAGAGGGCUAGCUCGCAGGGCUCUAAAGCGUGAUGUCGCUGAAGGUGCGGACGGUAUCAUCGUCAAACCAUCCACUUUCUAUCUGGACAUUAUGUGCGACGCAAGCAAUAUCUGCAGAGACCUACCCAUCUGUGCUUACCACGUUUCUGGUGAAUACGCCAUGUUACACGCAGCUGCAGAGAAAGGUGUUGUCGAUCUCAAGACUAUCGCUUUUGAAUCUCACCAAGGCUUUCUAAGAGCAGGUGCAAGAUUAAUCAUCACCUAUUUUGCACCAGAGUUUCUCGAAUGGCUAAGCGAAUAA